CUGUCCGCUUAAUUCGCAUCUCAUCCUUCACUUAAUCUCUUCUUAGUAGUAACAAGCACAGAUUCUUCCUCUCCAGCAAUGGCAGACGAGAACGGGAAGCAAACUGAGACAGAGAGCAGGCCGUGGCAUCAAACGGUAACCCUGUUACUCGUUUCACUAAGGUUGGCAGCUCUUGUGGCCACCUCCACGGCUGCAGGGCUCAUGGCAUUCAACAAGGAGACAAAAACAGUCACAGUGGCCGUGGUAGGGACCAACCCCAUUCUCCAGUCCUUCACUGCGGCAUUUCAGCAAACACCUGCCUUUGUAUACUUCGUGCUUGCCAAUGCCAUAGCGAGCCUGUAUAACCUACUGGCGAUGCUGCUCCGGCCAUGCUUGAAGAACAGAGGACGUCAAGUUUUAGUGCAUCUGUUGGACAUGGUGGUGUUUGCUUUGGUGGUGACUGGGGCAGCAGCUGCAGCAUCCAUGGCGGAGUUGGGGAAGAAUGGGAACAAGUAUGCGCGAUGGAAUCCCAUCUGCGACAGAUUCGAGGCCUUUUGUAUUCGUGGAGGGGUGGCUCUGGUUGCUGCCUUCAUUGGAGCUGUCCUGCUCCUGCUCAUGAACGCUUUAUCCGUCGUAGGCUUGACGUGCAAGAAUGUGACAAGCAACAACAAUUAGUUGCUCGCCACAGAAGGAAUGUUUAUGUGCAUGUGCUUGUGCGUUGUGUUUGUCUGCUGUGUGAGCAUUUUACCGACUUGAGAAUUUAUCCGUUCAGAUAAUCUUCGAGUUUAUGAAAUUUUAGUCGGGAGUUUUUCGCUGAUUAAUUAUUUGAAUGUAUUAAUGAACAGAGAGUUAACCAAA